GAAAGAAUAAAAGGUUUUACAGUUAUUGGAAGAUUGAAAUAGAACAACAAUGGCUGAAGCAGAUGUGCAACGGCAACCAGAACUGUCUCAAGAUGGUGAGGAGAGGCUCAAGUAUCUGGACUUCGUGCAAGUCGCAACACUUAACAUCUUCACUUGUUUUUCGACUCUUUACGAGUACGCAAAGGAGAGCUCCGGUCCUCUGAAACCUGGCGUUCGAACUGUUGAAGGCACCGUCAAGACCGUCAUCAGCCCUGUAUACGAGAAACUCCAUGACGUCCCCUUCGAACUCCUCAAAUUCGUCGAUCGCAAGGUGGAUGAAUCUGUAAGCGAACUAGAACGCCACGUACCAUCUCUGAUAAAGGACGUGUCGAGCCACGCCUUCUUGGCAGCUCAAAAGGCUCCGGAGGUGGCUCGAGCCGUGGCUUCUGAAGUCCAGCGUGCUGGCGUAGUGGACACUGCCACAGAUAUAGCAAAAACAGCGUACAUCAAGUGCGAGCCCACCGCCAAAGAUUUAUACGCCAAGUACGAGCCGGUGGCCGAGCGAUAUGCCGUGAUGGCUUGGCGUUCGCUUAACCGGCUCCCUCUAUUUCCUCAAGUGGCUCAGAUUGUGGUCCCCACCGCAGCUUAUUGGUCAGAGAAGUAUAAUUAUGCUGUAUAUUGUGCAGGUGAGAGAGGAUACACCGUAUCAUUGUUUCUACCGUUUAUUCCUGUGGAAAGGAUAGCUAAGGUGUUCGGAGAAACCAAGGAAGAUAAAACUGGGCCCACCCUUCUUCCAAUUGAGGUAGAGGCUUCGGUCGUAGAUCAAUGA